AUGCCGCCACGUCCUCGGGCAGCUGGAACGGAGAGCGGGAGCUGAGAAGCACCGCGCGGGAGCUGAGCAUCUACCUGGCUUUCCUGGUGUCCCUCUGCAUCCUGACGUUUGGCAUGGUGAGCACGGACAUGUACUACCUGAACAAAGUCAUGUCCUACCUCUUCCUGGAGCCUGCCUCUGCUGACGACUCCAGGAGAGGUUUCAGCAGUAUUGGGAGCAGAGAUGACUUCUGGAGGUUUGCAGAGGGACCACUGUUGGAUGGACUCUACCAGGACGGAGGGUCUAACAACACGACUUCAGCCUUCCAGUACAACCACCUUAUUCACUCUGAGAAUUUGCUGCUGGGGGUAGCCCAGAUUCGGCAGCUGAAGGUGCACAACAACAGCUGCUCCAUCCACCCCUCCCUGCGUCCCUUCCUGAGAGACUGCUACAGUGAAUAUCAUUACUGGGCUGAGGACAGGUCUAGCUUUGGUCCAAAGAACGGAUCUGAGUGGCACUAUAACUCAGCCCCCUCGUUGACCCCGUGGUACUGGGGCUUGGCAGGCCUCUACAGCAGUGGAGGGUAUGUGUUCACCUUACCUAAAUCCAAGCAGGAGAGCAUGGAGAAGCUGGUGUUCCUCAGGCAGAACAGCUGGCUCACGAGAGGAACCAGGGCUGUGUUUAUCGACUUCUCCACAUACAACGCUAACGUAAACCUCUUCUGUGUGACCAGGUUGGUGGCAGAGUUCCUUGCCUCUGGCUGUGUUCUCACCUCCUCACACAUCUACUCUGUGAAGCUCUUCAGAUACGUCACCCCCUACGAUUACUUCCUGGCUUUUUGUGAAAUCUCCUUUUGCCUCUUCAUCAUGACAUUCAUGAUUCAGGAAGCUGUAAAAAUUGCAGAACUGAGAAAGGAAUAUUUCAGAAGUGCCUGGAACUGGCUGGAACUGCUGCUGCUGCUGGUGUCCAUCCUUGCCAUUGCCUUCAACAUCUACCGCACGGUGAAGGUGUCCCUGCUAGUGGAGGAGCUGCUCUCUGAUGCCAACGUGUAUCCUGACUUCUAUUUCCUUGCAUUCUGGCAAGUCCUUUACAACAACAUGAUUGCUGUCAACAUCUUCUUUGCUUGGAUAAAGAUAUUUAAAUUUGUAGGCUUUAACAAAACCAUGACCCAGCUGGCCUCCACUUUGUCUCGCUGCACCAAAGACAUCAUUGGAUUUGCUUUCAUGUUCUUCAUCAUUUUCUUUGCCUAUGCCCAGUUAGGCUACCUGGUCUUCCAGUCACAAGUUGAAGAAUUUUCCACUUUCCCAAACUGCAUCUUUACACAGUUUCGUAUUGUGCUGGGAGAUUUUAACUUCCAAGCCAUAGAAGCAGCAGACAGAAUCCUUGGACCUCUUUACUUCAUCACCUUUGUAGUCUUUGUGUUCUUCAUAUUGCUAAACAUGUUUUUGGCUAUUAUAAAUGACACCUAUUCAGCAGUCAAAACAGACUUCCUAGUGACACCCAGCCAAGAACUGCAGAUGGGAGACUUCUUCAGACAGAGUUGCAACAAGGCCUUUGUCAAGCUCAGGCUGAAGAAACCAGAGGAGAACCACACACAUGCUGCAGAUACCUGGGAAAGGUUACUGUUGCCUUCAGAGAAAAACGGGUUAUUCUUUGAAGAAAAAAAGCCCAAACCCAAAGGUAUUUUGGUCAGGCGAUACCAGCGGGAACCACUAGAGGGGACUUGGCUUCACCCUCGCACCAGCCCGGCCCGAGUCCGAGUCCUGCAAGGGCGUGGAGCAAGGAGAAGGAUGCCAAAGCCUCCUGCCCUGCACAGCCCUCCCGGGCGGUCUCUGUGUAACCCCGGGGAGGAGGAGCUGUGCCAGGAGAAGGGAGCAGACAGGCCUUUGAAGGGAGCCAGAAAGAGAUGA